AUGGCAUUCUACUUGCUCUUCCUUCUGUUCACCCUCUGCCUCCAACUAGCCAACCCAACAUUUGAGCUAGAGAGAACCUUGACCAUUAUUGGCAUGGCCGAGUCGAGCGCAAUACACCACAAGCGUCCUCCGGGACACGGCCUUUUGCGUGGCCAAGAGACACAAACCCACUGCAAAGAGACAGAGAUCAAAGAAUACCCUGAUCUCGAAUCCCAUUACUCUCUCCUCUCUCCUCCUGGCAACACAUCCCAGGAGCAUAAACCUACAUGCGGACCAACGGCCGACACUGGAGACCGAAAGGUCUAUUUUUCUCUGGGCACAUGGUGCACAAACAUCGCCAUGGAGCUGGCCAAACCGGUACUAGCAAAUUACCGGAUGAAGCUCAUGGAAGCUAUCUGGGAACGGAUAGGGUCCUCUAAUAUCGGAUGGGUCGCAUUGAUUUGGUGGCUUGUAAGAAAGCCCAGAGAACCUGGGAAGACCCGCACAGAUUCCGAGCAGAGAAUUGAGGAUCUUGAGGAGCGAGUCCAACAAUUGGAGCAGAUCGCGCAGACAGGUCGGAUAUAA